CCCCACCGUGACUCGAGGAGCCGGGCGAAGGCGCGGGGUUAACCUUCAACUGCGUCUCUUCGGGAGGGAGUUGCUCCGCUCGCUCUCCCCAGCCGCCUCCCUUGGCAGCAGCUCUGCCUGCACGGGAAGGGAAUCCCCUCCCCACCUCGCCGCACGCCCGUUGUUGGAGCGACGCAGAUUCAUCAUGGUCAUCUUUGCUGUCCUGGCUGCUCUGCUCCUUGCUACAGGACACUCACAAGAAGCAGAUGAAACUAUCACAUUCACGCAAUGCACAGAUGGUUAUGAAUGGGACCCCAUCAUGCAGCGAUGCAAAGAUAUUGAUGAAUGUGAAAUUGUGCACGAAGCAUGUAAAGGUGGAAUGAAAUGUGUUAAUCUUGGAGGAUACCUCUGUCUGCCCAGAACAGCCCAGAUUAUUGUCAACAACGGCCAAGAACAAACAGCAUCAGACACUGGUAGCAGAAAUGGUAAUCCUAUCCGCCGGACACCUCAGGUACCAUCUCAGAUACAGUGUGCAGCUGGGUACGAGGCAAACGAUCAUAAUGUGUGCCAAGAUAUUGAUGAAUGUACCACCAGUGGCCACACCUGUAGGUCAGAUCAGGUCUGUGUCAACUUAAGGGGAUCAUUCACCUGCCAAUGCCGAACUGGGUAUCAAAAACGAGGAGACCAGUGCUUUGGUAUUGAUGAAUGCACGUUCCUUCCUUUUGCCAACCAUCGGUGUGUGAACAGUGCUGGCUCCUACCAUUGCCAUUGCAGCGGCUUUCAGUUAACUCCUGACAACCGCACCUGUGCAGACAUAAAUGAGUGUGAGACCGGAAACCCCUGUGCCCAACUGUGCUACAAUAUAGUUGGUUCUUUCUUAUGCCAGUGCAAUCAAGGCUUUCAGUUAAGCCCAGAUAGAAUCAGCUGUGAUGAUGUUGAUGAAUGUAGAGCUUCUAACUUCCUGUGCCAAUAUCAGUGUGUCAAUGAGCCAGGAAGAUACUCCUGCGCGUGUCCAGAUGGAUACCAGGUGGUCAGAGGAAGAAACUGUCAAGAUAUAAAUGAAUGUGAAACACGCAAUGAAUGUCGAGAAGAUGAGUUGUGUUCUAAUUAUCCUGGUGGCUAUCGCUGUUACCCAAGAAAUCCUUGUCAGGAGCCUUACAUGCUUGCAUCUGAAAGUCGCUGUAUUUGUCCAGUGUCUAAUCCUCUUUGUCGGGACCUGCCAUAUUCCAUUGUUCACAAAUAUAUGAGCAUCCAUUCAGAGAGGACUGUGCCCUCUGAUAUCUUCCAAAUUCAGGCAACCACAAUUUUUCCCAAUACAAUUAACACCUUCCGGAUUAAAUCUGGAAAUGACAAUGGAGACUUCUUUCUUAGACAAACAAGCUCAGUGAGUGCAAUGCUUGUGUUGGUCAAGCCAUUAACAGGUCCACGAGAACAUAUCAUCGACCUGGAGCUGUUGACGGUCAACAACAUAAACUAUCGUACAAGUUCAGUAUUGAGGUUAACACUUAUUGUGGGACCUUACUCUUUUAGUCACUGAAAAUAAGUAAUUGGCAAGCACCCAAAGCAACCAAAGAAGCUUUCUUUUGAAUGAAGCACUUAUGAUUUUAUUUAUAGAUUUUACAUGGUGUUUUUUAAAAGAAAAAAAACUUUAUUAAGAAAAUCAGUAGUUGUAAUCAUGUUAUUACACAAUAUAACCUGGAUGUUGUCACCUUCUGUUGAGAAACUGCACCUCUAUCACACUUACAAUAACUUGUACUCAUUGCCAUCCUAUAGGAUAGCAGCUCUUUUCUGAAAAAAAUGCAUGGAGGGAAUGAGCCAAAUUGCAUUCUUACUCAGCUCCUGCUUGGCUGUGGUUACUAGAAGUUGUAAUCAAAUUCAAUGUGGGAUCUAAGCAAGCAGAAUUUUCAAUUUCAUAGAAACAUCUUACUUCUGACACAUACAUAUUCAUUCAUACAUUCAGCAAUCAUAGCUGAGUUGUGGGGUUAGACCGUAAAUAUAGUUUAUGUGAUUUCAAAAAAAAGCCUUCAUACAUUUUCAAAAUAACUUGGAAACUAACGUUGUUUUCAGUUGUGAUAUUCAGGGCAUAUGUGCAAAUAUUUAACCCAAUAUUACAAUAGUACCACUUUUAUCCAGUGAAAUAGUGAGUAUCUUAAUCCAGUAUGCCAACCCUUUGCUUGCAAAGGCUCCAUUUAUUUCCACAGAGGAAAAUCAAUCAAUAUAAGGAUGAAAUAAGACAGCUGUUAAGAAAAAGGGUCUCAUGUGUUCUUAACGAAGUGGCCCAGACCAAAAGGGCGAUUUUAUUAUUCAUUG